AUGCUCAAUUAUGACUAUGAGGACAAGAAACAUCUUCUGUACUGGCCAGAAUCGGUUCGCUUGAAAGUAAGUCGCUUCGCUUUGGAGUAAAUCGAUGCCCAUAAACAAAAAAGUAUGGAUGGUUUCUUUCUGAUAUCUUUAAAAAAGCAAAAAUUUCUCCCUAAAAAUAAACUUUUUUUGCAAGAACUCUCUGACUCUUUUGGUAAAUUCGUGGAGGAACGCAAACGCUCGUGGCUGCGUCGCGGCUAUCAAUUUGCGCAGUCCGCGCGAUUUUUCGCUAAUCGAAAAUAAGAAAGACAGAGAAGCAAGCGUGAAUAGCAAAUAAACAAUAGCAAACUUCUAUUUCAAAAUUAGAAUUACAGAUGAUACUUUCAGAGCACAAAGGUUGAAACCAGAGGAAAGAUGCACUAUACAAUGCCGGGAAUCAAAGAAGAGUUCAUUCGAAACCCGAUCGACCAUCGUUUUCAGGCACGCAACUUUGCGUUUUGACUCCUUUUCGUGUCAAUGAAUCAAUUUUUCCAGGACACAUUCAACAAAUUCUUCCCGCGCUAUGACCUUGACCUCAAUCAAAGAGGUUUGGUCUGGUUUAUUGUGAGUUGACUACGUAGGCAGUUAUCAGUAACUGAUGGACACUGCAUUCAGAAGAAAGGGCUACUUGAGGCUGCACUUAACGGCACGUCUGACAUGCUGACGUGGCUAGGGCAAGGAAAAGACAAAGCGGGACGACCUUCGGAAAUAUCGCAAAUAACUAUGGAGGUAAUUGGAUACGGCUUUCUCAGUAAAACUGAUGUUGUUUAGAUUUGGACUCUCCGUUUCCAACUUUUGUUGAAUCUACGUAUGCACGCUCAGUUAUUGGCUGAGUUGGCCGCCUUCGAGGAAUUAGAUGCUCCUGAUCUUUUCUAUCAGUACAAGACGAGCGAUAAGACAGGUAAACCUUCUUAUCAUCUUCGUAAUUGAUCUGAUUAUACACUGAUUUACGAAAUAUGUACGUUUACAGGCAGUUUAGUUCCGUUUGCACUGCGACUCAUCCAUGCAGAAGCGCUCCGUUUCUCCCCGUUUCCCUGGAGCUCUCUGAUAAGGAUUGAAGCUUUGCAGAAUCAUGUUGAGCAAGUGGGAAAGUGCACUGGCGACACGAAAAAGUACUCCGUGCUUGCAGAUUGUCACCAUCUUCCGUGCAAAAGCAGCUCCCUUCAGUCAUAUCGAAGAAUGGGAGAAACGACUCAACUGUGUGAAAUAUUUGUACGUCAGAGUGCUACACGACCUUGGGGUAAUAAAAACGGUGGUUUCAAGAGUGAUAACUGGGUUAUUCAGGAGUACAAACUUUCAAUGCUACUGAUGGAGAACAUUUGCAAUGAAACGGAAGACCAGGACGAAAAGACGACUCUGUCGAGGGCCCUAAUGCGCAUGGCAAUGCAAGCGGGAGAUGAGAAAGCGAUGAAUCUUUAUGCUGAAAAAGCGAGCAAGUUAUCUUCUGGCGACAGCGAAAUGACACUUCACAAGUAGUUUUGCGUGCUUUUGUGCAAGUUCCAGACAAGUCAAUAAUAUUUCAGAGCGAUACGUAGUAUUUUUCUUGGUUCCAACAAUCAUGCACAAGACUACAUUCAACGCAUUCCUGUGGCGGACAGUCAAAGUGCGCAGUUUAUCAAUACAAAAUCGUUGACUCAACUGUACACUGGAAGGUCUGUGGAAGCCGUUGAAACUGUUUCGCAAAUCAAACCGGUAGGAGAACUUCACUUGAAUUCACAUAAAACUAUAUUAAUUUAUUCAGAUUGUGCCUGGUCCAACAACAACGAACUUGAAGACCAUUGCUGAGCUGUGUUUGUCAACUGCAGCCAAGGAUGAACUGUUGAUCAGAUGA